GCGCAUUCCUAUUAUUAUUAGUUAACGAAGGAAAUGUCAACUAGAAAAAUAAUUGUUGUAAAACCGCAAUUACAAUCAUCAGAGAUAAUUUGUGCUCGAUGCUCCAAUUCGCAGAUUGAUGAAAAAAAAUGAUGUGAAGAAGAGAAGUGGGAGGUGUACUUUCUCUAUGAAAAAAAAUCCUCAUCGACUCCUUCGAUCCCUCACCUGUUGUUACACGUGGAGAAACUAGUCGUCAGAUGAUGACAAGCCAAUAGAUUCAAUGAAACUACUCGAGUGCUUGUUAAUAACCGGGACGUUAAUUGUCCUGGUUAAUUGUGAAACAACGAGACCGUGGUAUGAGACACUUCCAGCUGUUGCUAUGGAUUAUAAAGUUCACAUUGACGCCGGCAAAGAGGACUGUUACUUCCAAUACGUUAAUCCCGGAGCAACAUUUUUCGUCAGUUUUCAGGUGCUGAGAGGUGGUGAUGGCAAGGCCGGAUUUGCUGUGCGAAAUCCAGUUGGUGAAAUAGUUCAUCCAUAUCAGUGGCGAGCCAAUGCUGAUUAUCAAGACCAAUCAGGUGUUGGUGGUUAUUACAGCGUCUGUAUUGAUAAUCAGUUCUCUAGAUUUGCUGCUAAACUCGUCAACCUCUAUAUCACAGUUAUCAGAUACGAUCAGUGGGACAAGUUCACGAAAGAAUUAGAAGAGUUGAACCUCUCAGUGGAAAAUUUCACGACGACGAUCGUGAAUGUGGAGAAGAAUAUUAACGAAAUGCUGCAGUCCCAGCACGCAAGUAGAAGCAGAGAGGCUCGAGACCUGAAUUUACUGCUAGAUAAUAACGUUUACGUACAGAGAUGGUCAAUUGUACAAAUGAUGGUCAUAAUAUCGACAACAGUACUGCAAGUCUACUUCGUGAGAAAACUGUUCGACGUAAAACCAUCGGGGCAUUCAAAAAUGCGUAUUUAAUUCUUAAUAUCAAUUUUGAAAUUUCAUACUCGUACUCGUCCUCAAUUUUGACUGAUUUGCAAAGCUUUUACUCUUUCUUUCUCUCUUUUAAUCUCAUUGCAUUUUACUACCAUAGAAUCAUAGCCCACUGGAAUUUAAAAAUAUAUUUUCAUAAACAUGGAUUUAUUCAACAGAUACAAACAUUCCUAUUUUAUAGCAACACAUGUAUAUACAAUUUUUUGAAUACUCCAGAGAAUCAAUAUAUGAAUUUAUAUUCGGUA